AUGCGCCCAUCACUUGCCACUGCGGUCUUGCCUCCCCGGACACGUGCGCACAAUGCCCCUAACCUGUCAGUAGGGGGCCGCGAACACUUAUCCGCCCCAAGAAGACGUAGCCCCAAUCUCCGGCACACCCUUAGCCCCGAAAAUUUACGAACUCUGACCGAAAGGGGGGCAACCGCAGCGGCUGUGGACAAUGCAUCGGUGGUGAGUGGGCCUAUCGGACUAACAAGAGCCAAUAGUGACACAGAUCUGGUCACGUCGCAGAGUCGCUCAUCGCUCACGGCGUCUACGCUCGAGUUUACCCUGAACAGAGGGCAGAAUCUGGUCAUAUCCUGGGACAUCAAGGAAGAGGUGGAUGCUACAGACUGGAUUGGACUCUACCACAUUGAUGAGACCAGCCCGUCAAAUGUGUGGGACUGUAAAAACAGAGGAGUCAAUGGCACCCAGAAAGGACAGAUCGUUUGGAGACUCGAGGCUGGACCCUAUUUCAUGGAACCUGAGACAAAGAUCUGUUUUAAAUACUACCAUGGAGUUAGUGGAGCCCUGAGAGCCACCACCCCCUGCAUCACCGUCAAGAACCCAUCUGUGCCAGCUUUUGUGGAGGGUUUGGCUGAGCAGGUGGGCAUAGAACACCCACGGAAACUGAUCAGCUUUACUUUGACAGAUCUUCGAGCCACAGGCCUGAAAAAGGGCAUGUUUUUUAACCCGGACCCGUAUCUGAAGAUGUCCAUUCAUCCCGGGAAGAGGAGUGUGUUUCCUGUUUUUAGUCAUCAUGGACAGGAGCGACGAUCAGCUAUCAUCGCUAACACCACCAACCCUGUGUGGCACGGAGAGAAAUACACUUUUGUGGCUCUUAUGACGGACAUUCUGUACAUUGAAGUAAAAGACAAAUUUGCCAAAAGUCGGCCAAUCAUCAAACGCUUCCUGGGUCAGCUGACUAUACCUGUGCAACGUCUUAUCGAAAAAAUACCUGGUGUUCAGCCUGUGAGUUUCUCUCUGUGUCGGCGUUUGCCCACUGAACAUGUGAGCGGUCAACUUCAGUUCAAAGUGGAGCUCACUACAACAGGUGCCUCUCCAGAGUCUAUCAUUGGUAUUUCUGCUUUGAAUGGAGCUCCUGGUACACCUUCUGAUGAUGAAGACCUGCCCCAUCACCUCCCUGGAGUCUCCUCAGUUGCUCUAUCCCCCACUGGCUCGCAGGGCUCUCCAGGACCAUGGGACAGUGGAGGAGCAUGUGCUUAUCCAGAGAAAGACCCCUCUUUCCUGGGGGCAGAGAGCAGAUUCACAACUCCCGAACCCUUGUCCACUCCGGAGGUUUUGCAGCGAUCGUUUACCGAAGGGUUGGAUGCAAUUGAAGCACCAAAAGGUCCUGGGGAGAGACCUUUGGGUGCUGCAUCACCCAAAUUACACUCCAGUUUCCCUACGCACACACGCCUUAGCGCUAUGCUACAUAUUGAUUCUGAUGAGGAUGAGGAAAGAUCCGGGGCUAACGAUAUACCCCCUGUCCCACUCUCACCUUUGCUGCUAAAUGGGGUCCCACCUGAAGUCACCAUUCCCGAAGAGGAAGACCCUUUUCCGGACGUGGAAUCGGACCAACUGGUGGUCUCAAUACCCCAAGAUGGCGCUUUGAGUCCUGGGAUAAUCAUGGGUAGUAUUAGUCCUAUGUUAGAAAUAGUCCCAGACAUGGGGGGCCUAGAUGUUGAUGAUGCACUUGAGGUAGAUGUGUUUUCGGAAGCGGAGGAGGCGCCCUUUGCAGAGGCGGUAUCCCAGAAUGCUUUGCAACAGGGCACAGAAACACAAGAGGAAGUGAGAGGAGCAAUUGAGGACCAGUCUUCAGAGAUGGAUUCCAUGGAAACGGCGCAACAGACGGUUUUCUCAACAUCAGAUAGCUGUCCAGUAACGCUGACUACAGCUGUGGAGCCAGAGGAGGGAGCAGAGGCAGCCAUAGACCCAGGGGGAGAGGGAGUGUCCCGUGCUCCUCCAGACCCUCAGGACAUUGGGGCAGAGGGAUCCGGGGUGGUCCCGGAGGCAGAUGGAGCAGAGCUGUCUGUGAGCGGGCGACUGGAGGAGGUGGAGGUCAUCACUGUGAGGAGGCUGAGUCUGCAGGCCACAGGGGGAGGAGGGGGAGGGGAGGGGAGAGAGGAGCAGGAGCGACCGGACCCCAAACCAGAGGAGGAAGGGCCGGCUGCAGACAGUGAAGCCAAUGCGGAGACUGACGGUGAUGAGGGUUCCCACGUAAAUGGUCACCCAGUGCGCUCCCUCCCGUCAGUUCGACAGGAUAUCCACCGAUACCAGCGAGUGGACGAGCCUCUGCCUCCGAACUGGGAGGCUCGGAUCGACAGCCAUGGCCGGAUCUUCUUCGUGGACCACGUGAACAGGACCACCACGUGGCAGCGCCCCACUGGCCCCCCCGCUCCACAGGGUCUGACCCGCUCCAACUCCAUUCAGCAGAUGGAGCAGCUCAAUCGAAGAUACCAGAGCAUCAGGAGGACCAUUACCAACAGUGACCGAUCCGAGGAGAGCUCCGUGGACCUUCUUCCUGAACCAGAAUCAGAACUAUUGCCACAUUCACUCGCUGAGUACAGGAGAGAGAGUGGUGUGGCUCACUCCAGCGCGCGCUCUCGUCUGUCUCUGCUGCUUCAGUCGCCCAGCGCAAAGUUCCUCUGCAGCCCCGACUUCUUCACCGUGCUGCAUUCAAACCCCAGUGCCUAUCGCAUGUUUACGAGUAACACCUGUCUGAAGCACAUGAUCAGUAAGGUUCGGCGCGAUGCUCACUACUUCGAGCGUUACCAGCACAACCGAGACCUCGUCACCUUCCUCAACAUGUUCUCCAACAAACAACUGGAGCUGCCCCGAGGCUGGGAGAUGAAGCAUGACCACACAGGAAAGCCUUUCUUUGUGGAUCACAACUGUCGCUCCACGACCUUCAUCGACCCGCGGCUGCCACUCCAGAGCUCACGAUCCACCGGGCUCCUGGCCCAUCGCCAACACCUGAGCCGCCAACGCAGCCACAGUGCCGGAGAGGUAGUGGAUGACUCUCGACAGACCAACCCCCCCCUCCUGCCCCGCCCCUCCAGCACCUUCAGUGGGUCCAGUCGGAGCCAGUACCACGACCUGGUGCCUGUUGCCUACAAUGAUAAGAUAGUUGCGUUUCUACGGCAACCCAACAUCUUUGAGAUCCUGCAAGAAAGACAGCCAGAGCUCGCCAGAAAUCACUCACUCAAGGAGAAAGUGCAGUUCAUUCGCAGUGAAGGGGUAAACGGAUUGGCGCGUCUCUCAAGUGAUGCUGAUCUAGUCAUGUUGUUGAGUUUAUUUGAAGAGGAGGUCAUGUCAUAUGUGCCACCGUUACUUCAUCCAGGUUACUGCCUCUCGUCCCCUCAAAGCUCCCCUGGGACCCAAAGAGCCAAUGCCCGUGCCCCAGCUCCAUAUAAGAGAGAUUUUGAGGCCAAGCUCAGAAACUUUUAUCGAAAAUUGGAGACGAAAGGUUAUGGCCAAGGCCCUGGGAAAGUCAAACUAAUCAUUCGCAGAGACCACCUUCUGGAGGACGCCUUUAAUCAGAUCAUGUGUUACUCUCGGAAAGAUCUACAGAGAAGUAAACUCUACGUCAGCUUUGUGGGAGAGGACGGCCUGGACUACAGUGGCCCCUCGAGGGAGUUCUUUUUCCUGGUUUCUCGGGAGCUGUUUAACCCGUACUAUGGCCUGUUUGAGUAUUCUGCCAAUGACACGUACACGGUCCAGAUCAGCCCCAUGUCCGCCUUUGUUGACAACCAUCACGAGUGGUUCAGAUUUAGUGGGCGGAUCCUGGGGUUGGCUCUUGUCCAUCAGUACCUCCUGGAUGCUUUUUUCACACGACCGUUUUACAAAGGACUCCUGCGCAUCCCGUGUGACCUGAGCGACCUGGAGUUCCUGGAUGAGGAGUUUCACCAGAGUCUGCAGUGGAUGAAGGACAAUGACAUCGAGGACAUGUUGGACCUCACCUUUACUGUCAAUGAGGAGGUCUUUGGACAGAUCACAGAGAGAGAGUUGAAGCCGGGCGGCGCUGGGAUCCCUGUGUCAGAGAAGAAUAAAAAAGAAUACAUUGAGAGGAUGGUGAAGUGGAGGAUCGAGAGAGGAGUGGCCCAGCAGACGGAAAGCCUGGUCAGGGGCUUCUAUGAGGUGGUGGAUGUGCGGUUGGUGUCUGUGUUUGAUGCUCGUGAGCUGGAGCUGGUGAUCGCAGGAACAGCUGAAAUCGACUUGUCAGACUGGAGGAACAACACAGAGUACAGAGGAGGUUACCAUGACAACCACAUAGUGAUUCGCUGGUUCUGGGCGGCGGUGGAGCGCUUCAACAACGAGCAGAGGCUGAGGCUAUUGCAGUUUGUCACAGGCACGUCCAGUAUUCCUUAUGAGGGCUUUGCUUCUCUUCGCGGCAGUAAUGGACCUCGCAGAUUCUGUGUGGAAAAGUGGGGCAAAAUCACCUCAUUACCCAGGGCACACACUUGCUUUAACCGCCUGGACCUUCCUCCGUAUCCUUCGUUUUCAAUGCUCUACGAGAAGCUUGUGACCGCUGUGGAGGAGACCAGCACUUUUGGCCUUGAAUAACUCAGCGAGGUAAACUCACAAGAGAGAAGAAAGAGGAGAGACAUGUUUAAUUAAGACUGACUUUUUUUAGCCGAAAUCACCAAAACCACUUCACAUUUUCUGCCUUUUUACUUUUGACUUUCACUGAUAAAAGACAGUGGAAUUUUUUGUUUAUUUUUCACUUUUUGUUCCUAUUCGAGCCACAUGUGCUUUGAGUUAACAGCCUUGGAAUUACAGCUCUUCUUUUCCUCCUCGUCAUCAAAAAGACAGAUUUUUUCCCUUUUCCCCCCUCUUCCUGGACCUCAAAACUGUGUCCCAUGUCCUCCUCUGGGCUGCAGUGGAAUAAAGACCUAUAAUACACUCACACACACUUUACACUAACAAAAGCAGGACAAACUCAAAUCUAAGCAUUUAUUUUUACAGUGCAGGUCAAUAUGAUAAAUGGUGAGACGCAAAUGAGUUGAUAAAUCGGUUUUCAGAUCAGAUAUACAUGGAUACUAAUUUUGACGGGAUUUAAAGAUGAUUGUACCGAACUAAGCUGUGAUAGAAUGUAUGUAGUUAGAUACACCAUAAAAUGUACAUUAAAGGGCCUAUACCAACCUUUUAUUUCUUCUAGUUUGAGCAUUGAAAGUAUUGAUCCGAAAAUAUUGCUAUUUCGAUUCUGACCGCGACCUGGCCCCAGAUAAAGCGGAAAAAAAUCUAUGGAAGAUACUGACAAGGUAUCGAGAAGAGUAUUGAUUCUCGUGCAAAAACAUGAUUACUUUUUAUCUUUUAUUUUGAUUUUGAUUGAAGUGAAUAAUGAUACUCUCUACACACCAAAGUAAAAUUCUUUAAAAUUCAAUUAAUUUUAACACAAAACUCAUCAAUACUGUGAUCAAAUCAAUACUGAAACAAAAAACGCUGGUAUCGCCAACCUUUUACUCCUUAAAAACAUUAUUAUUUGACUGAACAAUAUUGCCUUACGUACAUUUUUAAAUAAAUUUAGUUGAAUGAGAACCAUUUGGAAACAACUGCCAGUAACAGCCAGUUGUAUGUAAUCAGACUUUGUUGGAUGUGAACCAUUUGGAAACAGCUGUUGGUGAUUAUUCCCGACAGAUGUUUCUCGUGGUUCAACAUUAGAGUGAAAUAAGGGAUUAAGUGGGCGGGGCUUAAAGUUCAUUACAUCUUUAUUUAUGGUUCAGGAUUGGGUACAGGCCCUUUAAAAUGCUAUCACCUUAUUUUUCAGUAUAAACCAAUGAAUUUUGAUGUUGAUUUUGAUGUAAAACUGCAUUAGAAUGGACUACAAUAAGGAAGUACACCUGAAGGUUUAUCACAAUUUAAUAAUUUUACACAAAUAGUAUAGAUUUCAUCAUAAACAUUGUAUUCUUUGAGUUACUGGAUAAUGAAGCUUAAUCAAGUAGAACCAGUAGCAUAUGAAUGUCAUGGAUAACCUCAUGGGGGCACCAGAGUUUAGUUUUUAUUCUAACAGCACAUAAAAGAGUGUGAUGUUUUCAAUACUUUAUCGCCUUUAAGGAAGAUAAUAAUAUCAACCUAUUUACGUUACAAUAUCAGCAAAAGUUAGUGCACAAACUCACACACGUUUACAGACACACAAACACAGUAUUUUCUAUGGGUGCAUGCAAGAUUACACCUUCUGUACAAAGUCUUAUCUGAGCUAGACCGCAAAAAGAACUGGGAAUAGUUAGCUAAAAUCAAAUUAGCUAAACAUUUCCACUCGUCUUUAGCCCAAACCUUCUGCAUGUGACUCUCUGGGGGUCCUCCUGGUCAGCUCUGUGAGUUGGCCUAAGGAGGUAACACUCCUCUAGGUGGCGUUGUGUCAUAGCUCGAUAUUGCAUGCUGAAAUUGUGUCCUUACUAGCUUUUUGCAUGAGGAUAUCGCCGUCCAUCAGAACAAAUGAGCAGGUCAUAUUGUGUCACUUUACAUUGAAGCGUGCUGCUAAAGAGAAACUAACCGUAUACACUAAUCAUAAUCAGAGGUGGGGAGGGUGAGAGUUAUUUUAAUUUACUUAUGGCAUUCAGUCAUUUUUUGGCCUUUUUAUUUAUCUUAAAGGAGUCAGCCCUGUGUUCCCUCAGCUCUAUGUUUCUUUAUUUCUAAGAUUUAUUCUCAAAAAUAAACUCUAAAUCAAGUCAUUUUUAUUUUUAUACUGCAUUUAAAGGGAUGAUUCAGAGUACUUUCAACCUAGGAUCCUUUGCAUCAUGAACUCUACAUUACAAUUGUAGUUAACUGCUGCUGGAUAAUGUUGUCGAAGUUUUCAGCUUGUCCAAGAAAGGGUGGACGUAAAAGGCUGGAGACCAACUGGAUGUCUUAAGCAGGAGAAGUUUAUUUACCAUCAGUAAUACAGGCCUGUGAGGACUUCAAAAGUCAACAUAGCAUGAUUUCAAAAGAGAACAUAGUAUGAUCUUUGAGUGUUCACGCCCCUUUACUCUGCUUUCGGAGGAGGAGGUUUAUAAAGCAAGUGGUGACACUAUGAAGGUCAGUAGACACCAGUUAGACAGAAAUAUGCCACAAUUUAGAUAAUGGUAUUUCAAUGAUAUGCCAAGGGAAGAUCAUGGUGUAAAUAUAGCUUUUGUGUCAAUGUUAAACUGAGAUAUACGUGGAAGAUAAAUUACUUAAAUUCUCUUACAGAUAAUCGGUUGGUUGUAAUUGAUGACCAAACUGGGAGAAAUGGGGAUAAAUUCUGAUGCAAACUGAUGAUAAAGGAAAUGUGGGAACAUGGGACCAAAUUUUGGAAACCCCCCCAAAACUUCAGAACAUAAGGCUGAGGGAGCAUAGGCACGUUCCCUUAUUAAAUGUUAUUGCAUUUAUCUGUUUUAACUAUUUCCAAAGAUGAAUACAUUAAAAAUACCCAUUUGUUAAGAUGUCACUGAAACGAUUUCUAUUAUUAAGCAGUGUUGAGCCAAUAUUGCAGUUUACAAUUCACAAAAUGUACAUUGAUUAUCCUGAAAACUAGUAUAAUGUGUCUUCUUUGAUUUGUAGAUAGGCCUAGUUAUUAGCCUAUAAGUUGGGUAUGCAUUUAUUAUUCAAAUAUUAACAUCAGUCAGGGUAUACUUUAAAAGGGCACAUUUUUUGCCAUUCCACCCACCUCUACUUAUAAUGGUAAGUGAAGAAGAUAUUUUGAUAUUUUUAGAGUGAAAUGAAGAAAUAUAUUCCAUUGACAGUGUAUUGGUGAGUUUCCAUGGCAACACGCUUUAUAUUAGUUUUACAUGUGCAAGUCUGCCUAUCUUAGUAAUAGGUGAAGGUUACUGUCCAUAUCUCUUGAAUGGGCUAAUGUUAAAGUAUAGGGCUGUUAUGAUCCUUGCAAGAGCACAUGUCCGUGUACAUUGAGUGCAGUCCUAUUUGUCUCUGUAUAUAACUGUACAUGUCUGUCGCGUUCUGUGUCAAUGAUAUAUUAUAUUUUGCACCGAAUCUACCAAAGUUUGGGGCUUGCAACCAUAUUUAGGCCAAUUUUCACUCUUAAAACCACAUAACAUGAUCCGAAAAUCCACAAUAAAGUCAAGGAACAGUGCAUUUUUCACAUAAAUUGGUUACUUAAAUCACUUACCACACAAAAACAGUUGAACCACACUGUCUUUUCUUGUA